GACCAUAGUGUUCAAGACUUGGUCACGCGGGGCUUUAGCUAUGUUUGAGCCUGAUGUUUGCGAACAACGCGGCAAUGCAUGCCGAAGGCAAACGCGCAGCCGCCCUGCCACACCAAGUGGGGACAGAGAUCCCGAGAUCCCGACGAGUAACGUCCGGGUGGUAUGCCGCAUUCGGCCCAUGAACGAGAGGGAGAAGAAGGCUGGUGCCACGCCUGCUGCAACAGCCUCCACUGAGCGCAAGGAAGUUGCAGUGGUCCGUAUCUUUGCUGGGGGCACACGGCAGGUGAGAUCCACUUUCCACUUCGACGACGUGCUCACAUCCUUCAGCUCGCAAGAGGAUGUCUUUAGAUCGACUCUGCAGCCUCUGGUUGGCCAGGUCCUGGCCGGCUAUGAGACGACCGCCUUUGCCUAUGGGCAGACUGGUACCGGAAAGACGUACACGAUGGAGGGCCAACUGGAUUCAUCUGAAGGACGUGGUUUGGUGCCUCGCACAGCUGCGGCAGUGCUGGAGGCACUGGCAGGCGCGGAGUUCACCGAAAGCACGGUGACCGUCUCAUACCUGGAGAUCUACAACGAGGAGCUGAGCGAUUUGCUUUCUACCGCAGAGCGCCAUCCAAAAUUGGAUCUGAAGGAUGUGGGGGGAGGUCGAGGUGUGCUUUGCCAAGGCCUGUCAGAAGUGGAAGUGCAUUCCAUGCAAGAUAUCCUCGAAGUCGUACGCAGGGCCCAGGAAAAGCGCCGGGUGGCAGAGACCCGGGUGAACGCGCGCAGCAGCCGCUCCCACAGCAUCUUCACCAUGAAGGUGCGCUGCCGAAGGGCUGUGGCCGGUGGUGAGCUGGAGAAUCUCGGCAAGCUGCACUUGGUGGACCUGGCUGGCAGCGAGUGCGCCAAGAAGGGGUACCUCUACCCAGAUGCCCAGGCGCAGGACCCUUCGUUUGCGCGCGUGAUGGCAGGGGAGGAGGAGCGCGAGCGGAGAAACAUCAAUCAGAGCUUGCUGUCCCUGGGUCGUGUCAUCACAGCGUUGCGCGAGGGCAGCGGUCGAGUUCCGUACCGUGAUUCAAAGCUGACACGCCUUCUGCAGGAUGCCCUCGGAGGUCGCUGCAAAACCGUGAUCAUUGCCACCAUCUCACCUGCGCUUGCAGCGGUCGAGGAGACGAUCUCAGCGCUGCAGUAUGCUGAGCAAGCGGCUGGCAUCAAGAACAGGCCUGUAGCAUCGUCCCUGCUGCGCACUGCCACGGUGGCCUCUGCCGCGAGAACCGUGCACGAUGUGAGCUCCAGUUCGGGCCUCGGAGCCUCAGACUGGGCCGAGCUGGAGAUGAAGGUGACGUACCUGUCUCAGGAGCUCGAAGAGGCACAGGUGGCCUUGGGCCGCAAGUACCAAGAAGCCCAGGAGGAGGCCGACCGCGCCAUGAAGGCGGAGGCGCGGCUGGAGCAGCUGGCCCAGGAGCUCCGCAAGGCGCAGCUCAGCUGCGAGGAGCAGUCCUUUGCGAAGGAACGCUUUGCUUCUCUUGCUGCCGGCCGUCACGAGGCGGCAGUCGGGCUCAAGUCUGUUCUCAAAGCUGCAGAUGAGCACCGACUGCAGCUUGAGCAACGAAUCUCCCUUGCCACUGAGCAGAUCAGGACGUCGCAGUCUCAUCGAGAAGAGAAAUGCCGGACUAUCGAGCAUGACAUCCAUGCAAAGCUGCAGCAGCUUCUGCCGGCGCCACCUUCUGAAGUGCGCGAACAGGCGCAGGAGGUCUCGAUUGCGGCAUCGCCGGCCGAGACGGAGUCCAUGAUCCUGGAAACCAGCUCGGUGCACAAGGCCGCCUUGGCCAGCCUGUCUGAAGAGCAGCAGCGGCAGCGCCAGUGCGUGGCCGGCUUGGCGGAGCGUGUGCGGAGGCAACGCGCCGAGACCCACGGCGCCUUGGCGGACCUCUCCGGCGCGGCCCGGGACGACCUGGCGCAGUCCGCGGCGCAGGCGGCGACGACGCUGGGCGCGGCGGAGGCGGCGCUGCGCUCCGCGGCGGCGGCGGCGCAGGGCGGCUCCGCCGCGUGCGAGGCGCUCCGCGCGGCCGUGGCCACGCAGAAGGCGGCCCUGUCGGCUGCGGCGGAGCGCGCCGCCGCCGCGCUGGCUGCGGCCUCGGCGGCGGUGGGCGAGCUGUCGGGGAUCUCCGACACGUCGCUGACCAGCGCCAUGGAGGCCAUCACAAGCCUGGAGGACAUGCAGAAUGAAGUCCUCAGCCAAAUCAAGCAGGAGGCGAGCGAAAGCGCAGACAAGGUGCAGGACGAGGCGUCAUCAGGAAGCAAAGCCUUGGAGUCCCACCGCAGUCAUGCUCUGGAAGCAGAAGAGCAAGCGCGGAAAAGUUGGGAUUCUGUCGGGGAGGUGUUGUGCAGGCAUGCAGGCGAAGAGGAUGCAAUGAUUCAAGAAGCUGAGACUACCUCAGAAAGAGUGGAACAGGCAGCAUCAGAGCAGGUGGCCAACUGUACGGCAAAGACUACGAACACGCAAGGACGCGCCCUUGGCGGCGUGCAAGCGCUGCGGCAAGGUGCUGAGAGUGCUUUGCAACAGCAAAUGUCCGAAGUCAACAGCUUCGUGGAGAGCACCAAGGCCUGCAUCCUGGAUGAGCCUCUCGAGCCUUACAGGGCAGAGAUCCCUCAAGUGUGUCUACCUCCGUUGCCCAGUGAGGAUCAGAUCCUGGCAGAGUUCCAGUCCAGCCGUCUGCCGAUGAGCGCUGGCUUGGUGCAGACGGUGUCUGCUGCCCUGAGAAGCGCUAAGCAGACACUGAAUGCAGUGCAGUUGACCGCCGUACAAGAAGCCAUGCAGCUUCUGGACACGCCCUUGGAGGACAAGCCCAAGUGGGGCGCUGCGCAAGCACGGGGCCUCUUCCUGGUCUUUGAGGGUCUGGACCGCAGCGGCAAGUCCACACAGAGCAAGAAGCUGGAGGCCCACUUGCAGAAGGUGGGCUACGGCAAGGUGAAGUGGAUGUGCUUCCCAAACCGUAAGACGGCCAUUGGCACGGCCAUUGACCUGUACUUGCGGAGGCAACUGGAGCUACCGGACGAAGCAGUGCAUCGGCUCUUCAGCGCGAAUCGCUGGGAGAUGGCAAAGUCCAUCGUGGAGGAUCUGAAAGCUGGGACCACCAUCAUUUGCGACCGCUAUGCCUUCUCGGGAGUGGCCUACUCCGCCGCCAAAGGCCUGGACUUCACAUGGUGCCAGUCUCCUGAUCGGGGGCUACCAUGCCCAGACGGCAUCUUCUUCCUGUACAUAGACGAGAAGGUCGGCGCGUCCCGCGCCAACUUUGGCGACGAGCGCUACGAGAAUGCGGAGAUGCAGGCGGAGGUGCGGAACCAGUUCAAAGACCCGCGGCUCCGCGCCCAAGUCAACUGGCAUGACGUGGACGGAGCCCGCGACAAGGAGGCGAUCCAUGCGGAGAUUCUUCGAGCCUUCGAGGCCAUCCGCCAGGAGGAUCAGGAGAAUCGCCAUCCUGUCCAGCGGCUUUGGGUGAAAUGA